AUGAUUAUCUACCGGGACCUCAUCAGUCAUGAUGAGAUGAUGUUCUCCUACAUUUGCAGGAUCCAGGAGAUAGCGGACGAGCUGUGCCUGGAGGUGGAGGGGAAGAUGGUGAGCAGGACAGAGGGUAACAUUGAUGACUCGCUUACUGGUGGAAAUGCCUCCGCUGAAGGCCCCGAGGGCGAAGGUACUGAAUGCACAGCAAUCACCGGUGUUGAUAUUGUCAUGAACCAUCACUUGCAGGAAAUCAGCUUCACAAAAGAAGCCUACAAGAAGUAUGUCAAAGAUUACAUGAAAUCAAUCAAAGAUAAACUUGAAGAACAGAGACCAGAAAGAGUAAAACCUUUUAUGACAAGGGCUGCAGAAUAUAUAAAAAUGUUAACAAAUUUGGCAAUUACUUUGGAUCUGUCAUCAACUGCCAUCAUAACUGGCUGCUGCUUAUCGUCCACAACACCAGGACACACCACUAUACAAAUGGGACUGAUGAACUCUUCAUUUAUUUUGAGCAUGAUUUAUUUGGAGUGGAGGCAUUGUUUUUAA